AUGCUUUCAUAAAGCAGUAGUAGAAAUCUUUUAGAGAAUCCAAUAGGACCAGCCUUAUAACAUGAUCCUCAUCCAUUCAAAACUUAUGAAAAAGAGAGGUCUCCUUCGAGAUUAUCUAUAGAAUCUGAGCAAUAGAUUAAGAUAAAUAAUAGUGAAGGUAUAAAGAUGAGUAUACACGAUACUGCAGAAAAAAAGAAAACUAUAAAUUUUAAUAUUGCUAGGAGGAAAUCCACAAAGCCACAAUAAGUAAAAGUAUUUGUAAAUAACAAAAGUUAAAUAAGAGGAAAUCUGAUUCGACAAAAAAAUUUGAGGGAUUGUCUAUUUUAAGAACUAUGUAGCAGAAUUAACUAAUUUAAAAGUUUGCAAAUACUUUGUUAAUGAAAUCGUAUAUUUUAUCUUAACAUAAUAAAUACCUUCUAAAUUAAGAAAGCUAUUUGCAAUCUAAGGUUGAUAAAACAAAAUACUAAAGUAAAAAUAUUAUGAUAAUAAACAGAUUAAAAUUAAAACAUUACAACAAAUAUAUUUGCACCAGGAAGUUAACUAGUAUUAGUAUGGGAUGUGAGUGCAACAUUUUUUCAUUGUUUUAGUUUAUGGCUUUGUCCAUUUGUAUCAUCAUUUGUAAAUGAUGAUAGUUAUAGUGCAGCAGAGAUGUUUUUAAUAAUUCAUAUAAUAAUUGAUAUUAUCAUUAAUUUGAAUAGACCUAUAAUGAUCUAAGGUGAAAUAAUUUUUGAUAAAUUGGAAAUUAUAUAACAUUAUUUUAAAGGGUAAUUACUGGAAGAUCUAAUAAGUUUGACUAUGUGGUUUUUAAUGUAUUUUGAUUUUAAUUAAAUACCUGUGACAAAUGAAAUCAUAGCAGUAAUUCUUUUAACAAUAACUAUUUUGAAAGUAAAACGAAAUUACGAAAAUUUUAUAGAAUCUUUGUAUUUAUAAGGAGCUGUAAAUUAAUUAGUAGAUCUAAUUACAUUAAUAGUAAUGAUAUACUUCUUUGCACAUUUAAUGGCAUGUGUAUUUCAUCAUGUCGGUGAUAUAACAUCAGAUUCUGAGAAUUGUUGGUUGAUACAUUAUAAUCUAUUACAAAAACCAAUAUCAGUUAAAUAUAAUCAUUCAUUUUAUUGGGCUACUAUGACUAUGGUAACUGUAGGAUAUGGAGAUAUUACUCCAUAAAAUGAAGCAGAAUUGGUGACAGUUAAUUUAUUAAUGCUUUUAUCUAGUUGCAUGUUUGGUUAUUCAAUGAGUUCUAUUGGAAUGAUUCUAAAGAGUAUUCAAGAUGCCAAAUAUAAAUGUAAAAGAUCACUUAUCUUAAUGAAUUCUUACAUGAGAUAGAGUCAGGUUGAUUAACAGAUUUAAAGUAGAGUAAGAGAUUUUAUCAAAUAUUAAGUGGAAAUGGAAUCAAAAGAAAAUAAUGAAGAUGUCAAUUAAAUUAUUAAUGAUUUACCUAAUUAGUUAAAAUAAGAAUUAUAAACUAAUGUUUAAAUGAACAUUAUGUAGAAAAUCAAAAUAAUUACAACACAAUUUACUAAAUAAACUUAAUCAGAAGUAUCUUAAAAUCUUCUACAAUUAAAAUUUACUCCUGGAGAUUAUAUUUAUCAUUAAGAAUAAAUGGACAAUAAUUUGUAAUUAUAUUUAUUUAUAAUUUUAGAUAUUAUAUUAAGGAUGGAUAAAUUUAAAUUAUAGAAGAAAGAAGUGGAAAAGUAUUAUAAAUAAUUAAAUCUACUAGUACUUUUGGAGAAUAUUAAUUUUUUACAGGUCUUCCUACUAAGACUUGUGCUUAAAGUAUAGGAUUCUCUGAAGUUUAUUAAAUUAAAAGAGACAUUUUUCUUAAAAUUAUAAAAUCUUGUAAUAAAGAUUUUGAAAGAUUUCAUAAUAUUAAAGAUAAUUUGAUACUUAAUUCAAAUUAUUUUGUAAUUUUUUAAAAUUGUAAUUUUUGUAAGAUGUUUACUCAUUCAAAUAUUGAUUGUCCAUUACUUAACUAUAAGCCAGAUGCUUAAAUUUUAUCUCUUAAAGAAUAAAGAAAAUAUCCAUUCCACUAAAGAUAAAAAUUUACAAGAACUGGUAACAAGAUAAAAUCAUAAUAUAUUUAACAAUAAAUAACAAAAGCAGUUGAAGACUUCUUAGAGAAAUAGAGUUCCUUUCAUGAAGUAAUUAGAGAAAUUUAAAAGCAUUCUGAAGAAAGCCCUAAUACAUAAUAAUAGGCAAUCUAAAUUGAGAUAAAAAACACUGAAGAUUAACCUAUUGAAAAUUCAGGAUCUCAUAUACAACCAUCUACCACAGCCUCUAUUAAUAAUGGACCUCCAUCAUAAGCUCUGACCAGAGCAAAGUCUAGUAGAUAUGUUUUCAAUCCAUAAUCUAAAGGGUCACAUCCUAAAAAUUAUUUUGUUAUGGAAAAUAAUAAAGAAAUCACAGAAGAACUAAUAUUAAAAGAAAACUCAUUUAUUUACUAUCUUUAUUUUAUUUACUAGUUUCACUCCAAUGAAAUUGAUCUAAUGAAAGAAUAUCAAACUUAUAUGCCCUAAAAUAAUUGUACCAAUUCUAUCAAAUAAAGAGAAAAAUUUAUUGAAAAAAAAUUAGCUGCCAGAUAAGCAAUUGAUAUAUAAGGGUUAUCCAAAACUUACAUUUAUGAAAGACAUAGAGAUUAGCUCUCAUCUUAAAUAUUUUAACCUCACUGUUGA